AUGUAUACAUCUCUGUGUGUGGUGCAAUCGGUAGGUUCCAUUUGUCCCAACGUUCCGGAUGUUCUUGGGCUUCGACGCGCCACCAGAGAUCUGACGGUUAACUGCAACCGGUUCGACGAUCCCGAAUAUCAAAAGGAAGAGUUGUGUUCGACCGUCUACGGUACUAUUUACACAAAAGAAAGCAGCGUUAUACAACAAACCUCAAUUGUUUACGUUCAUGGCGUCAACAUGUGCACGAGUCUGUCACUGACCAUGCACAGUGUAGUGUCAAGAUUCACACAACGGACAACGGGGAGCGGAAUAUUGGCUCUGUGGUGUGGGCUGCGGUCGUCGGUUCCGACGUCACUCUAUGUGCACGAGUCUGUCACUGACCAUGCAAAGUGUAGUGUCAAGAUUCACACAAUGGACAACGGUGAGCAGAAUAUUGGCUCUGUGGUGUGGGUUGCGGUCGUCGGUUCCGACGUCACUCUCGUGAUUCUGAUUGGUGGAACCGGCCGGUCCAGCAAACGGGGCACGAAGGUACAACCCGUAAGGAGACUGAAACGCAGUAAAGACCUCAAAACAACAUUUAUUGUGGGGAUACCAGGUGAUGGACAACGGAAAAGACCUGAUGAGACCCAAGAAGGGCGAAACCGUCGUGGGCUUGUCGACCGGCUUUCAGCGACCUUGCAGUCAAUCAAUUAUUUAGUCGGUGAGUUAGUCAGUCAGUCAGCCAGUUUGUCACUCACUCACUCACUCACUCCACUCACUCACUCCAAUCCACUCCACUCCACUCCAUUCCACUCCACUCCACUCCACUCCACUCCACUCCACUCCACUCCACUCCACUCCACUCCACUCCACUCCACUCCACUCCACUCCACUCCACUCCACUCCACUCCACUCCACUCCACUCCACUCCACUCCACUCCACUCCACUCCACUCCACUCCACUCCACUCCACUCCACUCCACUCCACUCCACUCCACUCCACUCCACUCCACUCCACUCCACUCCACUCCACUCCACUCCACUCCACUCCACUCCACUCCACUCCACUCCACUCCACUCCACUCCACUCCACUCCACUCCACUCCACUCCACUCCACUCCACUCCACUCCACUCCACUCCACUCCACUCCACUCCACUCCACUCCACUCCACUCCACUCCACUCCACUCCACUCCACUCCACUCCACUCCACUCCACUCCACUCCACUCCACUCCACUCCACUCCACUCCACUCCACUCCACUCCACUCCACUCCACUCCACUCCACUCCACUCCACUCCACUCCACUCCACUCCACUCCACUCCACUCCACUCCACUCCACUCCACUCCACUCCACUCCACUCCACUCCACUCCACUCCACUCCACUCCACUCCACUCCACUCCACUCCACUCCACUCCACUCCACUCCACUCCACUCCACUCCACUCCACUCCACUCCACUCCACUCCACUCCACUCCACUCCACUCCACUCCACUCCACUCCACUCCACUCCACUCCACUCCACUCCACUCCACUCCACUCCACUCCACUCCACUCCACUCCACUCCACUCCACUCCACUCCACUCCACUCCACUCCACUCCACUCCACUCCACUCCACUCCACUCCACUCCACUCCACUCCACUCCACUCCACUCCACUCCACUCCACUCCACUCCACUCCACUCCACUCCACUCCACUCCACUCCACUCCACUCCACUCCACUCCACUCCACUCCACUCCACUCCACUCCACUCCACUCCACUCCACUCCACUCCACUCCACUCCACUCCACUCCACUCCACUCCACUCCACUCCACUCCACUCCACUCCACUCCACUCCACUCCACUCCACUCCACUCCACUCCACUCCACUCCACUCCACUCCACUCCACUCCACUCCACUCCACUCCACUCCACUCCACUCCACUCCACUCCACUCCACUCCACUCCACUCCACUCCACUCCACUCCACUCCACUCCACUCCACUCCACUCCACUCCACUCCACUCCACUCCACUCCACUCCACUCCACUCCACUCCACUCCACUCCACUCCACUCACUCCACUCCAGGUAGUAAAUUCAGACAGAACCUCUGGUUGACCUACAUCAAAGAGUCUUCUUCUGGAAGUGGCUCAGAGGAAUUUCACAAGAGGAUGGAAGCUUGCAGAGGUCAGUCAGUGGGACCACGCGAUGUGGUUUCCGUGAGUGAAAGGUCAGCAAUCAAGAUGCGAAGCUGUUGCCAGGCGAACAAAUCCUCGGGCACGGUAGGUGAAAAGUAUGAUAAUCAACUCAAAUUCAAAUAUGAUGGCGGGACAGGGGGAGGUACAGAUGGAGGGACACUUACUGCAAACACAUCAAUGUACAAGAUUGCGAAGUGGAGGAACAUGCUGAAAGAAAUUGCGAUAACCAGCCAAACGUUUCGCCACGGAGGCAUGGAUACCAGCGACUGA